AUGUCCCAAAAUGGAUCUCCAUCGAGAACUCCAGGUAGGUCAAAUGAACGUCCUCCAUUAAGAUCUUCUAAAACAGAAACAAAAAUACGAGGUAGAAGUAGGCAAACAAGACAAUCUACUAAAACAUCUAAUAACCCUGUGUCAUGGAUUAGAAGUGCUUCCACUUCGAGUAUCUUAAAAUUAAGAAGACCUGAUACUACAUCAUCAUCAUCUUCUUCAUCACUUCAUCCGGAUACAUCUACUUUACCAUCAAACCAAACACAUGCUUCGUUCUUAAGAAGUCCCAAAGUUCCCUCCUCUUCUCAAUCUCCCUCACCGUUAAAUACAAGAAGGGGAAGAGGAAGAGGUAAUCAUAGCACCUCCGUGUCCAUGGAAAGAGGUAUUAGCUCUCCAACAAGACCAGCACAACCUAAUACCCCCGCUGUUCUCACAGAGGAUUCACAAUCUGUAGUUGUGGAUGUCUUACCAUCUUUUGAAAUGUAUAACGCAUUACAUAGACAUAUACCACAAGGUAAUGUUAAUCCUGACGAUCAUGAUUUCCCUCCAACUUAUUUAGAAGUUCAAUCUCAAUGCAACUCCACUUUCCCCAUAAUGGAACAACAUAGUACAGACCUUUCAACUGCACAUCAUCAUACUAAUCAUAAUCAUCAAAAUCCUCCGCAUUCUACUCAUACAAAUCAACAUCUUGAACACUCUGAUAAUCCCAUAAAUAAUUUACUCCCCUUAACUACUCAACAUUUAUCAAUGAGAAGCAAUCACAUUAAUCAACAUCAUGAAGACUCUAUAAUUACCUCCAGUAGUAGAACAACAAGCGCAAAUGUAAGUGGUACUACUACACCAACUAAUAGUCAAAUACCCUUCCAAGAUGAUUUAAAUGAUUCAGGUAACAUUUUCAUCGAUAAAUUAUAUACUUUACCCAAAUUGACCACCCCUGUCGAAAUUGAUAUUAGAUUAACUAAACAAGCAUCCAAACCAAUGGAAAAACCUGAUGAAGAAUCCAUCUUAAGAGAAUUCACUUCAGGUGAUAUCAUUCAUGGUUAUUGUAUCAUUGAAAAUAGAUCUGAAAAUCCAUUACCAUUUGAAAUGUUUUAUGUCACUUUAGAAGCAUAUACAUCAGUCAUCGAUAAAACAAAGGGUAAACGAACCGUGAAAAGAUUUUUAAGAAUGGUAGAUUUAAGCGCAAGUUGGUCAUAUACAAAUAUUGAUUUGGGUACAGGUUUCAAGAUGAAUCCAGGUGAAAGGGAUUGGGAUGAUUCAUUGAUUGGAUUAUUAAAUAAUAGAAUCUUGGAACCAGGUAUUAAAUAUAAAAAGUAUUUUAUGUUUAAAUUCCCAAAUCAACUAUUAGAUGUCACUUGUAAACAAGAACAUUUCACUCAUUGUCUUUUACCUCCAAGUUUCGGUAUCGAUAAAUAUAGGAAUAAUUGUAAAUAUGCAAGUAUAAGAGUUAAUCAUUUAUUAGGUUCGGGUCAUUUAGGUACAAAGGGUUCCCCCAUCUUAACUUAUGAUAUGGUUGAUGAUAAUUUAUCAAUUAAUUAUACCAUCGAUGCAAGAACUGUAGGUAAAGAUAUUAAAACUAAAAAAUUAAUCAUAAUGAAGGAACGUGAAUAUAAUUUAAGAUUUAUACCAUUUUCAUUUGCUUCUGAUUUAGUUGGUGAACGUGAUCCAAUAAAACAAUUAAAGGAUUUAACUGAUUUAAUUGAAGAUAGAUUAAAUUCAUUAAAGAAAAUUUUUGAUAGAUUGGAAAAAAAAGAACCAAUUCAUAAUGCAGAUAUUCAUGGAACUGAUUUAAGUGGUACCAUUGAUAUCGAUACAGAAUUAAAUUCAGAUGAAAUUUUACAAAGAAAAUUGAAUCAAUUACAUUUGGGUAAUAGAUUAACUGAUGCUUCAAGAGUUUAUAAUUCUGAUUCUUUAUCUGAUUUCAAAUCUUUAACACCAAGAGAGAAAAAAUAUGAAAAUGAACAAUUUGUUGAAUCUGAAUUAAAUUAUAAAAUCAAGGGGAAACAUAAAUCAAAUUCUAAAAUUGGGUUAUUUGCAAGUUUCCGUACUGGUGGAUCUAAUUUAGUCUCGACAACUACUACACCAACAAAUACUGUGACAAAUGCUACAUCUGCAUUACAUCAUGUAAAGUCAUCAACAAAUUUAAAAGAUUCUCAACUACUUAACAAUAAUGAUAAUCCUGUGGACCACCGUGAUGACACACAACAACAACAACAACAACAACAACACGCGCAUGUAGCACAACCUCCAAUUGAUAAAAUUGGGUUAAUAUUAUUACAGGCCAAAAUACCAAAGGAUAGUUUACCAUAUUGGGCACCUUCCAUAUUACGUAAAACAAAUAGAUUUGAAGCAAUGACUAAACAUGCACAAGAAAAUUGGACAAAUUUAAUUAAUUAUACACCUGAAGAUAAAUUAAAACCAUUGGAAAAAAUUGCUGUUGAUUUAACAUGUAUUCAAUCAAAUAAUAGUUUAAUUCAUACCCCACCUGAAAUUCAAGCAAUCACAACAGAAUUAAUUGCGAUAACUGCAAAAUCUGAUAACUCAAUUCCAAUUAAAUUUAAUGCACAAAUGUUAAUGAAUGAUAUCAAAUUAAAAGAAAUUAAGGCAAAAUUUCAUGGUUUUAAAAAAUUGAUUAGAGUUUAUGAGAAAAAAUUUAAUGAUAAUUUAUUAAAUCUAAAUGAACUUUAUAACAUGCAUGAAGAAUUAACAAGAGUAAGACAAAUUAAAUUCUCUGAUUUUAUAUCGACUCAAUUGUAUAACGAUGUUGAAAGUUUAUCCAAUCUUAACGUCAAAGUUGAUCAUAUAUCUGAUAUCUUUAAAAAACAAUUAAGUACUUUAAAGGCACCAGAAGAAUAUUUACAAGAACAAUUACAAUAUGAACAAAAUCAUUCUACGACGGGUAUUCCAAGGUCAUUAUCUGGUACAACUUUGAAAAAUAAUAGUAAUAGUAAUAAUGCUAGUAAUAGUAGUAACAUGGCAACGAAUCUAGAUUUGAACGAAAAAGAAAUUCCAAUUGUUAAUGCAAAGGGUGGAUUAUCAUCAUCCGCAACUAUGUCCAGAAAUACUACAGCAAAUAAAUUCCAAAAUCAAAUUAUUAGAUCAUGGGUUAAAAAAUCACAAUUGGAAUGGAAAAGAGAAAUUAAUGUUAAUUUGAAAUUUAAUAAGGAUUCUAUACAAACAUUAGUACCAAGUUUUGAAAGUUGUUUAUGUUGUAGAUUCUAUUGUGUUAGAAUUAAUGUUAAAUUCCAUAAUAUUGGCUCGGCAAUUAUUGAUGUACCUAUUACUGUGAAAAAUUUAUCAAAGGAUUAUGAAAGGAAUACAUAUAUUGUUCCUCCUCCUCCAUGA